AUGAGCUCCAUUGGGACCGGGUACGAUCUAUCGGCCUCCACCUUCUCCCCGGAUGGACGGGUGUUCCAGGUGGAGUACGCCAUGAAGGCUGUGGAGAACAGCAGUACGGCAAUCGCGAUUCGCUGUAAGGAUGGCGUGGUCUUCGGGGUGGAGAAACUUGUUCUUUCCAAACUUUAUGAACAAGGUUCAAACAAACGCAUCUUCAACAUCGACAGACACGUCGGCAUGGCGGUUGCUGGGUUACUGGCCGACGCUCGCUCUUUGGCAGAAGUGGCUCGCGACGAAGCUUCCAACUUUAGAUCAAACUACGGACACGACAUUCCUCUGAAGCACCUGUCAGAGCGCGUGGCCAUGUACGUCCACGCCUACACCCUGUACAGCGCCGUCAGACCCUUUGGCUGCAGUUUCAUUCUGGGUUCGUUUGACAAAGACGACGGGCCUCAGCUCUACAUGGUCGACCCGUCAGGAAUCUCCUACGGAUACUGGGGCUGUGCCAUCGGGAAGGCCAAGCAGGCGGCCAAGACCGAGAUUGAGAAACUACAGAUGAAAGACCUGACGUGUCGAGAACUCGUCAAGGAAGUUGCCAAAAUAAUCUACAUUGUUCACGACGAGGUGAAAGACAAAGCGUUUGAGCUGGAGCUGAGCUGGGUGGGAGAAGUCACAAACGGACGGCACGAGCUGGUUCCAAAAGAUCUCCGAGAAGAAGCAGAGAAAUACGCAAAGGAUUCACUGGAGGAAGAGGACGAUUCUGAUGAGGACAACAUCUGCUUCAUCUGUGGCGAAUAUAUCAAAUUGAGUUCCACUGCGAUUUCGAGCUGGACUCCAUCAAAUAACAACAAUAUGAAGGCAGUGGAGGAGCCUGCCUACCUGACUGUGGGGACUGAUGUCAGUGCGAAGUACAGAGGGGCAUUCUGUGAGGCCAAAAUCAAAACGGUCAAACGCCUUGUCAAAGUCAAGGUGAAUCUGAAAGGGGAGGGAACGUCACAGGUUGUCCAGGACGACCAGGUCAAAGGCCAGCUCCGGGUGGGGUCUGUGGUGGAGGUGAAGACCAAUGAAGGAGCCAACUCCGAGGCCGUCAUCAGUAAACUCACAGACGCCAGCCUCUACACCGUGGUGUUUGAUGAUGGAGAUGAGAAAACUUUGCGGAGGACAUCUUUGUGUCUCAAAGGAGAAAGACACUUCGCUGAGAGUGAGACUCUGGACCAGCUGCCUCUCACAAACCCAGAGCACUUUGGGACUCCCGUCAUUGGCAAGAAGACCAACAGGGGGCGCCGCUCCUCUCAAGCUGUUGCUGAUGAGGAGAAUGAGUCGUCGUCGUCUUCAGAGGAGGAAGAGGAGGAUCGCAGAGUGACUGAUGAGCUGCUGGGGACAGUUUGUUCUGUGGACCCAGACCUGGUCCUGGUACUGUCUUCAGUCUGUAACGAGGAGCUGGUGGUGAAGAAGGACCACUGUUUGGUUCGCUCUUUUGGAGAUGGAAAGUUCUCCACCGUGCCCCGAAGAACCCUGCACGCCCUCAACUCUGCCUCCAUCUGCAAACCUGAGCACGCCAGCAGGAAAGGUGUGGCAGCAGCCCAGGCUUUCCUCCGGACCAGAGACAUUCCAGAGGCCUGGAAGAUGGACCUGAGUCAGAUCCUAGAGACGUCAUCAGACAGCGACGAAAAGCACAGCGGUGAAGAGGAGGAGGAGGAGGAGGAAGAGGAGAGACGCAAGAAGAGAAUCGUAGAAGAGCCCGAGGAGGAGGCUGACCCCGAGGAGAGGGACAACUUCCUGCAGCAGCUCUACAAGUUCAUGGAGGAUAGAGGGACGCCCAUAAACAAGCCUCCGGUGCUGGGGUAUAAAGACCUGAACCUGUUUAAGCUCUUCAGGCUGGUGACCCUACAGGGCGGCUGUAAGGCCAUAGAGUCGGGCACCGUGUGGAAGCAAAUCUACAUGGACCUGGGCAUCCCCAUUCUCAACUCUGCAGCUGCCUACAACGUCAAGACUGCGUACAAGAAGUACCUGAUCGGGUUCGAGGAGUUCUGCCGCUCGGCGCUCAUCACGUUCAGAACCAUUCACCACAACAACCCCCGCCCCCCGCCAUCCCCAGCGAAUCAGAGAGCUCCGUCAGACACAAAGACGAGCCCCCCAGCCAAUCACAGGACGCCGCCAGAGGCUAAGAUCAGCCCUCCAUCCAAUCAGAGAGUGGUGGGGGUGGAGCUUAAAGAGAUUGUGAAAACGGAGACUGAAACUGACAGCGAGAGUGAAUGUGAGGAGCGCCAUACCUCGCCGAGGGGUCGGCGCCGGUGUGUGCUCCCCCUAAAGGACAAACGUGGUACGGACUCAGACGAACAGAGAGACAAACGCACUCCCAGGCUUAGUGACCAAUCAGAGCGCCCGCCGAGGCUCACCGACCAAUCAGAGUGCAGGGGCAGGCUAAGCGACCAAUCAGAGAGAGGCUCUGAAGAUGAGGAAGAGGAUGACGAGGAAGAAGAUGAUGACACGCCGCACCAGCCGACAGAGAGGUCGGAAGAGGACCCUGACGGCGUCACUGGAACCAGAGUUCGGGUCAAAUACGGUCGCGGGAAAACACAGAAGAUUUAUGAGGCUCAUAUCAAGAAGACAGACCUGGACAACGGAGAGAACAUGUACUUGGUGCACUACUACGGCUGGAACGUCAGGUACGACGAGUGGGUGAAGGCCGACCGCAUCAUUUGGCCCUCGGAGAAGGGCUCGAAGAAGAAGAGGAGAGGACGACUCAAGAAUAAGGAGGAUGGGCCCCCAGAGGAGGACCGGCUUCCACCAAUGAGGGGCUCUGGGGCCCGCCGGGGCCGACCCCUGGGUAGCAAGAACAAGGCCAAUGGGAGAACUCCAGAUAGAAGAGAGGGAGGCCCCAACAUGUCCAACGGAGACACUCCUCGCAGAAGAACCAGGAGGACGUCUGGGAUGUACGACUCUGACAGGGCUUCAAACGAAGAUUCUGGGAACUCGUCGGAUGACAGCGAAUCGGAGGACUCGACGGAGAAGAAGCCUUUCCCGUGGCGACGGCAGGAAGCGGAUCCCAAACCGGAAGGGGAUCUGUGUCUCAAACAGGAAGAGGAGGAGCAGAGCGAGAGCUGUGAUGUCAUGCCUGAGUCUGCACCCGAGCCCGGAGAGACUACAACUCCCAGCAUACACCAGGAUACACCCCCCGGCCAACCAGAGCCGGAGGCAAGGCUGGAGGUUCUGCCUGUCUCUCCAGAAAAGAAGCCGGCCACGCCUCCCUCUCUGCUCCUGGAGUCGUCCCCCAGACUCAAGCUGCUGUCAUCGCACAUGUCUCUGCCACCGCGCUCCGAGCCCAUGGUCAUCCUUCACCACUGCCUACCCCCAGACUUUGACACGGACUCCGCCUCUGAGACCGACAGCGAGGAGGAGGACAAGAGACCAGAGGAGAGCAAGGAGGAGCAGAGAAAAGAGGAGGAGCCAGAGGAAUGUAAACUAAUGAACAACAAAGCUCCACUGAGAGACCUGAACAGUCGGAGUCCGCAGAAGCCUCCGCUCACGUCUUCAAUCCAAUCUCCGGUCAGAGACAGAAACGCGUCCGGAGAGAAGUCUGUGAGACUGGAUCUGAGCGAAAUCGUUAAGUCUCCUGUUCGAACGGACAAAACUCUGCCGCAGACUGCAUUCCAGAGCCCACAGCUGUGUCUACCGCAAGAUCAAAACUUGGACGCCAACACUCUGACCGAAGAGCUACUGGAAGGAGAGAGGACGCCAGAAAGACUCGUCAAAUCGCCGCCUCAAAACUCACCGAGAAGAGACCGGAAUCAGCUGGAAAAUUCUAAUUCUUCUCCAAGAAGAGACCGGAAUCAGCCUGUGAACUCUCCGAGGCGAGACCGGAUCCAGUUUGAAAACUCUCCAAGACGCGACCGGAAUCCACUUCAGAAUUCGCCAAGACGAGACCGAAUUCAACCGGAGAAUUUGCCGAAGCAAGAUGGGAACACGCCUGUAAACUCCCCACGGCGCGAGCGAGUCCAGGUGGAAAGUUCUCCGCGACGGGAGCGAAACGCCGCUGAAGAACCCCCGAGAGGUGACUGCGUUCACCUCGAAAACUCACUGAAACUAGAAGAAAGCAAAGAGCAGAGAGUGGAGAAAACUGAGAAGAGCGAACAGGAAAAGUCGCCACAGAAACGUAAGGCCCCAGAGCAGAGGAGUCCGGAGAAGAAACUCAAAACAGAAGUAUCCCUGAACGUUGCAAACGCGGAGCAGGAGUGCACAGCACUACAAGAUGAAAGCAAAACAGAGGACGCCACGGUGGCAAAGUGCGAGGAGGCAAAGGGGGCGGAGGCAGAGGAGUGCGAGCAGACGGUCCCAGAGAUGGGUCCUGAGGCGCUGGUCUGUCAUGAGGUGGAUCUGGACGAGCCGGACGAGAGGGAGAAGGUGGUGAACGCGUCCCAACAGCUACUGCUCAUGAUGCAGCUGCCGCCCACGCCGGUUAAAGCCCCACCCACGGCCGUAAAAGGCCUGACGUCUCCGCCCACAAACUGCAGCGAGGAGAGGAAGCACAGGAACACCGAGCGGCGACACGAAGAGACAAGCUCCAGUCCGACGUCCAACUCGUCCAACUGUGAGAGAGGUCAGAAGCGUGUACUGGAGGAGCACCACAGUCCCUCAGUGAAGAAACACAAACGUCACAAACGUCCCACGCCACAGAAACACGAGAAGAACGGAGCUGGCCACAGCAGUGACAGUGAGGACCAGACCAGAGUCACAAUCAAGACCCACAAGCACUGCCUCUCCCCGACCAGCAGGGGGCACAAGUGGACGCUGCACAUUGACGACCUUGAGAAGAUGACGUCUUCAGACCGGAUCUCGUUUCUUCAGGACAAACUGCAGGAGAUCAGGAAGUACUACCUGAGCUUGAAGUCUGAGGUGGCCUCCAUCGACCGCCGAAGGAAGAGGCUGAAGAAGAAGGAGCGAGAAGUUUCCAACACGGCUUCGGCCUCGUCUUCCUCCGACGCCGGCAUGAGCCCCUCCUCCUCCUCCCCGUCUCAGAGCUCAUUGGCUGUAGAGGUCAGGUGA